AUGCAUACUAGACUGUGCCUGUAUUUAGUGAUUGGGUUUUGGUUGAUUUCCUCUGUGAUUAUGGCAGCAAUAUGCUAUUUCUUAACUAAAGUGGAGUUUUGUGGCCCUGUUAGAAUCAACCACUUCCACUGUGACUUCAACACCCUGAUUCUGUUUGCCUGCUCAGACAUAGCACCUCUUAUGUUUCUUACCUUGGUGGUCAGCACUAUACUGUGUGCUACACCUUUUGUGGGGGUUGUUGUAUCGUACACCUUUAUCAUCAUGGCCAUCCUCAAGAUAAAGUCAACCAAAGGAAGAAAGAAAGCCUUCUCCACCUGCAGCUCCCACCUAGUGGUCUCAGCUAUAUAUUUUGCCAUAAUUUUUACUUUAUACGUAGUGCCGAGGAGUAAUAAUUAUUUCCAGGUCUAUAAAUCAAUGUCCUUUUUCUAUUUAUACGUGAUUCCACUGAUAACCCCCAUCAUUUACACGCUAAGGAACCAGGAUUUUCAAAAAGCACUACAGACCACAAUGAGUGAAAUGAAACAAUAUGUCAUAAAUGUUCAUUUUUAA